CAUUCGAACUACGCACUGGGGCGAUUAUCUUUGUUUACACCUUUCUGCUGGCGCCUAUUCUUCAUUCCCUUCUGGGUACAGUCAGCACUGACACAAUAUAUGCUUUGGCGACAAUUUUCCUUUUUCUGAACUGGGCAUUUCUGGAUUACACCACGCAGUCAGAUGAGUUCUCAUACAAACCUGGUUCGAACACUACUGCAUUGAGCUCUAGCCUAUUAGCCGCUCUUUGCUUAGCCAGUCGACUAGCUACUUCGUACCACACCUUCGUGCUGAUUGCAGCAGCGACCACCCUAUUCAUUUUGUGGCCGUUGUUAGUGCGUACUAUUCGGCUUCACGCUGGUCGGAAAGGACAAAUAUUUCUGACGUUUUUCACUUGCAUUGUUUCAAACAUCUUCCUUGGAGCUCUGGCUUACUACGAAACGACCGUGAAGCAUCAGUUGCUUCUAGCAUUCACCAGCAUACUCAUCGCUUUUUGUCUGAACUUUUUGGGUCCCUGGUUGUUGGUUCGCAUGCAGCGGAUGAAAAGAAACAUACACGGACCAUGGGACGAGGCUGUUGCUCAAUCAUAA